CAUUACUAUGUCUGUAAGCCGAGGACGAUACGUCUACGAGUACUAGUUUUGAUAAGCUAUACCAUGUCUGUAGUAGGAUAAGAACGCGACACGCUGACCUUGAGAAAGCUUCAUAUCAUUUCUACUCUGCCUAUACAAUGUUUCGGGGAAGUGUCUUGCCCCUGCUUUGCUUUCUGACGGCUCCUUAUGCUGUCGUCCUUGGUGACCAGACUUGUGGAUUUUCCGGACAAUGUCAGUAUGAUGUGUUUGUCGACCAUUGCGCCAACACAACCAAAACUCGUUCUGUGCGCGACACCAGCUGCGCAUGCUCAGAUCUAAACACAAUUGAAACUGAAGUGGAUUCUUUGUCUUCCACUGUUCGUAAAAUCCAACAAAACUUCGAAUCUAUAUCAUCAGAAUUAUCCAGAAAUAUAAACGCGCUACAGGCUAAAAAAACAACGCUUCAAACACUUCAACAUGAGAAGACUGUUCUUCAAUCACAGAUCCAAAUUACUGACUCGUCCCUAAAUGCUUCAAAUUUACGAUUAGAAGGGGAGAAGGAAUUGAGGACAAAAGAGGUGUCCAGGCUCCAGGCGGCGCUAUCCCUGACCAAUACAACGCUAAGUUCCUGUAAAACUGCAUUGGUGACUAUUCAGACUCAGGGAACCCACGCUUCUACAGCACCAGACACUCGCCUUAUCUACUGUGGGUUCGAGGAUCAUAACUUAUGUGGAUUUAUACAGGAAAGUAGUUCUACAAGCUGGAAACAAGGGAAAGGCAGUGUCUCCUCGACCACUGGCCCUCUGAGUGACCACACCUAUGGGUCAGUGACAGGACAUUACAUGUACCUGGAUGCGGCGCAAGUGGCCAGUUAUUCCAGUGGCCAGCAUGUCGUCAGGAUGACGUCACCACUUCUGACCCCGUCGACUGGGUACUGCCUCAGAUUCUGGUACAACAUGUACGGAAAGGACAUUGAAACGCUCAAUGUGUACGCCAAGAUAUCGGGUGGAAGCGGUCUUGGGAACCCUGUGUACGUGCACUCGGGGCAGGUGGACAGGAACUGGCACAUGGCGGAAGUCUCCCUCGACUCCGAAUAUACCUCCCACUCCUUCAGCUUUAUGUUUGAGGCAACUACGCACGCGCAAAAAUCAUCCCACUACUCAAGUGGUCACUCAUAUACAGCAUAUACCGGAGAAAAGGGAGAUAUCGCCAUUGAUGACGUGUACAUCUACAACACUUCCUGUCGUCACAACGACAUGUCAAGUUGUCCUGCCGGAUCCCACCUUUACCAUGGCGGUUCUAAUUCAUCAACCAACGCUUGCUACAUGGUGCACGUGAUUCCGGCCACGUGGUACGAUGCCGCAAAAGCAUGUAAGGAAGAGGCCGGAAAUGCACAUCUUGUGUCCAUCAACAGUGUCGAGGAACAGACGUACCUCAUUAACCUUAUCAACGCAGAUCAAGGCCUGAAGGCUGUCGGACAGAAUGGCUUUUACACGAGUGGCAACGACGAGCGGGUAGAAGGCCGUUUCGAAUGGACUGACCAGGGCGCCCACCUUCCCGUGACGUACACAGACUGGCACCCCGGCCAGCCUAACAAUGUCGGUGGUGACCAGGACUGUCUCCUGAUGCAGUACGCCGACAAUAACUACGAGUGGGGUGACGUCGCCUGUAACGAGAAACACCCUUUCAUAUGUGAGAUCAAUAAAUAAAAUAUUUGACCAACA